AUGAUUCAUGGCUUAUGCAAGAAGAAACUAACUGGGGGAUAUACCGGUAAUGUCUAUCACGAAUUUAAUGAUGGGAUUAUGCCGUUGUUCAUUACUUCCCAGCGUUUCAACAAGAAGGUUGUGUUUGUCAUUCUCGAGUACCAUAAUUGGUGGGUGACGAAAUAUGGAGACAUUGUUUCUCAACCAUUAGAUUAUCAACCUAUAGAUUUUAGUGGAGAUACAAGAACUCAUUGCUUCCCUGAGGUCAUCGUUGGUCUGAGGAUUCACGACGAGCUCACUGUGGAUUCCUCACUGAUGGAGGGAAAUGUGAGCAUUGUUGACUUUCGAAAUCUUCUAGACCGAGCCUACUGGCCUCGAAUUAGAAGUCUUAUUCAAGACGAGGAAUGGGAAGCACUGGAGAAGUAUUCUGCGUCUCUGGCAUUUGAAAGCUCUUUCGAACCUGAGAGUGAAAUGCAAGAAGAUCAAUUCAAGAAGCCAAAGCUGCUCAUCAUAUCUCGAAAUGGAUCAAGAGCGAUAACCAAUGAGAAUUUCUUAGUUAGAAUGGCUGAGCAAAUUGGGUUUGAAGUUAAUGUUUUGAGACCUGACCGCAAGACAGAGUUAGCAAAGAUUUAUCGGGCCCUUAAUGCGAGUGAUGUCAUGAUCGGGGUUCAUGGCGCUGCCAUGACACAUUUUAUGUUCAUGAGGCCUGGGUCUGUGUUCAUCCAAGUUGUUCCCCUAGGAAUUGAGUGGACAGCGGAGGAAUACUAUGGGGAACCUGCAAGGAAGCUCGGGUUGAAAUACAUCGGCAUCCAAGUUUGUCUAUUAAUAUAGGUAUCUUUCUCUUGCAUGUCUAUUUGUAUAGGCAUGCUCAAUGAAACUUUUGUUACUUGGUAUGUAAACUAUUGUUGCUGUUAUGCUUUGGUGGUUAGUCUUACAGCCUGCUGGCAGUUAUGAAUCUUCCAUGAUAUUUUGCAGUUAUGAAUCUUUCUGAUUUCUGAUAGCACGGAUGAUGUUAAACAAACAUGAUCUCCAAAUUUCUCACCAAAAGGAGCAGAAGAUAACAAGAAUCCUCUGAAGCCAACCAAGAGGACAAAGUGGUCAUGUCCGGUUGAAAGCUUACCUUGAUAAACAAGCGUUAUUCGGUCUAGAGAAGGCGACAUGAGAGCUUACCUUGGUAAACAAGCAUUAUUUGUGCCAAGAAUAGUCUUUUCGUUUUCUAUUCUCUUGAUGAUUCUUUACUUUCUAGCGAUAGAUAGGACAACUUGAAUCAAUGAAAUUAAUUUACCUAGUUGUUUUUCAACUUCUUUUCCGGUUAUUUUUAAGGUCGGGUAUUUGAUAAAUUGAAUUGAGCAUUGGUCGUUGCUUCCUUCAGUUUUGUAUUCACUAGUUGUAUUCAUAUAUAUUAUCUUGGAACCAAUGAAGCCGG